AAAAAAUAAAAAAAAAUAAAAAAAUAAAAAAUGAGUAAAAAAAUCUUUCCUCAAGAAAAAGUUCGUUCAACAAGUUUAUUAAGUUUAUCAAAAAAAGAAGAAAAUGAAGAAGAAGAAUUUAAACCAUAUUUUAUUCAUGAAAUAGAAAUUCCAGAAUCAUAUAAUAUAACAACAAAUUUUAAAUUAAAAGAAGAAGAAAAACCUACAAAUUUAAAAUGUACAAUAUGUAAUACCAUAAGUUCGGAUAUAUCAGAAUUUAAUAAACAUGCUAAAAGUAAACAUAAUUUAGUAAAUUUAUGUAAAAUUUGUUCUAUAGUAUUAAAAGAUAAAAAAUCAAAAAUGGAUCAUAUAGAACAAAAACAUGAAAAAGAAUAUGGAUGUCCAUUUUGUCAAAAAAAAUUUUGGCAACAAAAAGAUUUAAAUUUACAUAUUAGAAAUGUUCAUUAUGAUAUUAAAACUGAUACACUUAGAGUUGAUAAUAGUUUUGAAAUAAUAAAAAAAAUUAAUCAUUCAUCAUUAAAAUUAAAAGAAGAAUUUUUUAUUCAUGAUAUUGUAAAGGAAGAAAUCAAAUUUUUUAUUAAGAAGGAAGGAAAAUCUAAAGAAAAAGAAGAAGAAGAAAAGGAAAAAACUGAGGAAAUAAUUGAAGAAAAAGAGGAAAAGGAAGAGAAAAGUGAAGAAGAAGAAAAAGAAGAAAAAGAGAAGACGAAAGAAAAAGAUGAAAAAGUGGAGGAAAUUACCGAUACAAUCAAAACGGAAGUUCCUACAACCGAAGUUCCUACGACCGAAGUUCCUACGACUGAAGUUCCUACGACUGAAGUUCCUAAAACCGAAGUUCCUACAACCCAAGUUCCUAAAACCGAAAAUCCUACGCAUAUGAUCGAAGUUUCUGCAACAAAAAUUGAUCCUUCUAUAAUAACUAAAUUGAAAUGUAAAUUAUGUGAAAGUGAAUACGAAGAUAAUAAAUCAUUUAAUAAACAUGCAAAGACACAUGGUUAUAGAGUUUUAUGUCGUUUUUGUUCACAAGUUUUCUUUGAGAAAUCUACUUUAGAUUUUCAUAUUAUGAUUAAACAUGAUAAAACUAUUUUUUGUAGAGAAUGUGGUAAGAAAUUUUGGUUACAAAAAUCGUUAGAAGAACAUUAUACGAGUGUGCACCAAAGAAAAUAAGUUUUAUGAGGGAGAGAUUAGCGUUAUAACGUUAUUUAAUGUUAUUUUAUAUCAUUUAACGUCAUUUAACUUUAUUACACUUAUUUUUAACUUUAUUUUAUUUAACUUUAUUAUACUUAUUUUUAACUUUAUUAUACUUAUUUAACUUUAUUAUAUAAACUUUUUUUUUACUUAUUUAUUUAUCUUUGUUAUCUCGAUUCAUUUUAUUACAAAUUAUAUAAAUAUAUAUUUCCUUUUUUUCAAAUUCUAUAAUAAAAUAAGUGUGCCUUAUUACCGAUU